UUUUUGUAGUUGUAAACAUUUUUUUUCUUAUUUUAUUUUAAAUUUUUAAAAUAAAAAAAGAGCUUUCGUCUGUUAGAAAAAGAUUGUAUGUAGUAGAGAUGGGCACGGGCCGGGCUUUCCACGGAUACGGGCCGGAAAAUUUGACUUCGAGCUCGUGCGUGCAUAUGCGUGCAGUGAAUUUCCAACAAAGCACGAAAAAGUUCGGUAAAUUAAUAAUAAUAAUAGAUUGGCGCUUACACAUAUGUUAGGCUGGUAUGGUCACUUGCGAAUCGAAUAAAUUUGGCGAACACACCUAAAAUUUGCAUUGUGAAUGGCGAAUGAACUUUUUCGCCGGACAUGCGUCGUUGCCAUUCAAACAAAUUAAAUGAGUUCAUCCUCAUUUCACGUUUCUGUCAUUUAUACUUCGAAUUAUUUUUUAUUACAAACUAAAAUUUGAAAAGCAAAAUGUUUUAUAACGUAGAUUUAUAUUUUGAGGAUAGUUAUAAUGUUGAACCGCGAGCUAACCUUCUUCGUCAGCGGCGUUUUAUUAGAGAUUACUCUAAUCCUAUGGAGCUGCCGUCCACAGUAUUUACAGCGAAUUUUCGGCUAAGCAAGGACGCUUUUAUGUAUGUGCUGGACAAAAUCAAGGACAAAUUUAAUUGCCGCCUGUCCUCGUCUGUAACGCCAAUGCUAAAAUUGUGUUGCGCACUGAGAUUUUUUGCGCAUGACAGUUAUCAGCAAGCUGUAGGAAAUGAAUUUCAAUUGGGUCUUGCGCAACCUACAGUUUCGCUCAUUUUAAAGGAGGUAUUGCCCAUUUUAGAAAGAGAAAUUUGCAGUGCUUCGAUAAUCACAGAAGUGACAGAAGAAGAGAAGCAACAGGCAAGGAGCAAAUUUUUCUCCAGAUCAGGAAUACCCAACGUAAUUGGCUGUGUUGACGGAACACAUAUUGCGAUUUAUGCCCCCACCGCAAAUAGACACCUCUAUCUAAAUAGAAAAGGCUUUUUUAGUAUAAAUGCUAUGAUUGCUUGCGAUCAUGACAUGAAUAUCCGGUUUGUGGAUGCUAGAUAUGCUGGUUCUACACAUGAUUCGUUCGUGUGGAACAAUAGUUCAUUAAAGAAAGACUUAUUUGGAGAAUAUGCAUCAAAGUGGCGAUCAUAACUCUAUUUAUUUAGGUACUUUAAAUUUGUUACAUCGGCACAAAAUUAAUGUAAAUACUAUUUUAAAACAAAAACUACUUAUUUAUAGGUGAUUCCGGAUACCCACUUAGUCCUUUACUAACACCCUUCCGCCAUGCAGACUCUGGAACUAGGGAGUCAAUUUUUGAUAAGAAGCACGCGAAAGCUAGAAACGUCGUUGAACGUACGAUCGGAGUUUUGAAAUGUCGCUUUCGAUGUCUCCUGAGUGAUCGAAAAAUGCGCUACGAUCCUGCUAAAGCAACAUCCAUUAUAAAUAUUUGUUGCGCUUUCCACAAUAUUUGUAAGAAAUUUAGAAUCAGUGAUCCAGAGGAAGCUGAAAUUUUUAUUGACACCGUUGUAUCAUCAGAGCUAAUCAGUGAAGAUGCCAAUAAUACAUCAGGAGAGCGCCGCAGAAGGCAAAUAGCUGAUGUUUUGUUGUAAAAUUAAUUGCAGUUCGGUUUAUUGAAUAAAUUCAAAAUCAUUUACCUUACUUUUGUUCUUUUUAUUUCAUUUUAUACUUCAGAAUUCUUUAUUAUAUAAAUGUUAAAUUAAACCUAAUUGUUUCUAUGCUCUUAAACUUAAUAAAAAUCACAAGUUGAAUUCAGUACCUUCAUCCAAUAUUAAACUUAAAAUUAA